AUGGUCAAUGGUCUCUUUCAGGAGAUCGACGCUCUGCUGGAGAUCCCCGAACUUGUCUCCUUUCGCAAGCGACAUCCUGACAUGUCCGACUCGGAAGAAGACGUCUACGCCGACCCCUCCGCAAAGCCUGAGCCUCUUUGUGUGUCAAAGAAAGGGAUACUUUGCUCCUCAGCAAAGCCAGCACCCUUGAAUGUCCAGAAGGACACAACGACUGACUCGUCACCCAACACCACCUUGGCCAUGCCCGGACCGUUGCAGAUCAACAAAAUCAAGCGGAAGCCCGUGGCCUCUAGAGUCAGCAGAAUCCCCUUGCGAAGCAAGUCGGCGAAAUCUGUAGCUCCGUCUCUCAAGAACAACAUUCUCCAGCCCGUUUCAGGAAAUGGAAAAGGCCGCCGAGAUCGAGAUGCAAUGUCUGACAAGGAGAACUGGCAGUCUCGACCAACCGCAAGCACAGAGCUCGCCAGAAGCCAAGUCAAUGCGCGAUGGGCCGAUUGGUCUCUUGAGGCACAGGGCAACACCUCUUUAUUCGGAGAAUUCUCUUUGCUCCAAUCUCCCAGGAAAAGAAUGGCCUUGAAAAAAGACAGCCUGUUCUCGAGCCCUGAUCCCGUCAUCUACAUCGACCCAGAGGAGCGAACUACGUGUUUGGACCUCGACAAGACAAUCACUGGCCCUACCACACCCCUUUCUGUCAUCCCGGAGGAGGAUGAACCUGAUGAGGAUGACUCAAUUGACUUCCUUCUCGAUCCGAUCCAAAACGCGCCCAUCCGGCCGAAUCGCAAUCUCCUGCUCGAUUGCAGUGUACCUUUGACCUGGGACAAAGAGGCGGCCUCGGCCACUUCCAUCCAAGGAAUCUCGCCCGAUGACAACUCAAGCUCCUUCAUUGCCACUGCAUUCCAUGAUUCCCCUUGUCCCCGAAGGUCUUUCAACAUUGAUGCCCUAAUCCAUCAAAUUGCACAGCCACUCGAUGAAGCUACUUAUGAUGACGAUGGAUUCCUCAUUGAACCCAAAGUUGAUGAGCUUGAUGUAGGAACGACUGACCUAGAUGAACAGCUCAGCCGUCGCCAGGCCUAUCCCAGCCAGAUUCUGCUCUGGCCUCUCCGCCAUUCCCAGCAGACUGCCGAAUCUGCGGAAACCGAGGACGAAGAUGCAAGCUCGUUCGCUGUGCCUUGCAACCGUGACGAAUGGUGCCUUCCUGAAGAUCGACUACCUGAGGUAUACCAUUGCGGACAGUUCCUGUCGCUGAGAAACAGAUUUGGCGCUGGAUCGCAAGAUGCCGAUGAGAUCUGA